AUGAACUUUGACGCGCGGGAGCGAACAAAGGCGAAGGCGAGCGCGGCGUCGAAAGAUGCGCUCGUCGCCGCGUCGCGCGACGCCCGGGAGCGACGAGCGCGCGAGAGAAUGUUAAGCGAUGCGGCGGUGACGUGCCAGCGUCGACGGCGAGCGAGUCGAGCGAGACGGGACGCGGAGAGGGCGAUGCGGGAGACCCUGGACGCGUCGGCGACGAGCGGGACGGUGACGACGGAUGCAAUCCAGGCGCUCGUUCGAGCGAAAGUAUCCGGGUGCGGUUUAGAGAGGGCGUUUAAAGUGAUCGCGCUCGCUUUGAGGGAUAAGGAGACGAUCGCGCGGAUGUGUGAUUUGGCGACGAGAAGAGCGCUUUGCGUGGAAGCGCUCGCGACGUGCUCGAACGCAGAGGCUCGAGAGCGAGUGCCGGCGCUGGUCGCGUGCGGCGCCCGAUUGGCGAGCGGAUUGUGCGAGAGGGACGAGAGAUUGGCGUCGAGUCUGGGAAAUCGCGCGUGUGAAGCACUCGCGGCGGCGCUAGGUGACGAGCGGUUUGGUGGCGAGCACAGAAUGGACGUCGCGCGGCAGCUCGCGUCGCUUGCGCUGAUGCCUCUCGAUAGCGAUCCUCGAUCGAAUCGCUCGCACAUCCGCACAUUAAUUCGUGUACCACGAUUGCGUAAAAACCUUCCGGGCGAGGCAGUACGAAAAUUCGAUGAACCGAGGACGAUGCGGUUGAUGUUGGAGGCUUGCUCGGAUGGUUUUAAUCGAGACGCCGACGUUGCGAUUGAAAACGUGAUGGAGGCAUUGUGCGACGGCGAUGCGAGUGGGAAGGGUGAGAAUGUGCGAUUAUUUGCGACGGAGAACGAUGAAAACGCGUUCUUGGCCCUGCGUGCGCUCACCGGUUUAUCCGCAAGCGCGCGGACGCAGAUGCCUGAUUGGUUUGACAAACUUGCAAAAGCUCCGGGUUGGCGCACGAUCACUGUCAGUGCAUUGGUGGAGACGUGGUUUUUGACUGCAUUAAUCAGUGAUAAGGACGGAAAGCGAGUAAGCUCGCCCGAGAAAGCGGCAGCGGCGACCAGUCUGUAUGCGGAACUGUCGCGCGCGAGUGCGGAAGGCGUGUACGCGCCGUGCGCGUUCUCGUCCGGAUAUCUGCAUUCUUUAUGGAGAUAUCUAGCUCGAAAGCUAUCGCUUUCCAGUGAGGUGAUGAGUUCCGAUCACAGUGCGUGGGUCGCGAAGACGUUUGAGCGCGAUGGCGUCUUGGACCUUGCUCUUGACGAACAAGAGCGAUUCGCGUUCUUUUGCUCUGCGUACACAUAUCGCCUAAUUGUCCUCCGGGACAAGCAAUUCUUCGAUGAACAAAAGCCAUUUUCGCUCAGCGAACAACGGGCAAUUGCGGUCUCGGUGAACACUCUAUGCGUGCGCUCGCACUUGUCGCCAAAGUCGCAUGAAAUCACCAUUGAGAUGCGAAGGACGCUAAGUGCUGCGAGUAAAUUACUGCACGCGCUCACCACGCGUGAUGCGCGACGUAGUUUUGCGCCGCAAGGGAUGUGGCUCGCUCCAAAUACGAUAAAGCUUCAGCCUACGGUGGCCGCUUCGACAUUUCAGUCAUACAUCGAGAAUCGAUCAAACUUUACACAAAUUACAGGUUUGCUCGAUGAUUGUCCACACGCCAUCGCGUUCGACGAUCGGGUGCACAUAUUUCGUGAGCUCAUCAAGGCGGAUAGAAACAAAGCUGGAUUUAGACCUCAGGCAGGUGGCGUCGAUGCCGAGCACAGGGACUCUUUCGUGCGCCCGGUGGCGCAGAUGACGCUGAGACGUGAGACGGUGCUCGAAGAUAGUCUGUCGACAAUUUUGUCCCUCGGCUCCAAGUCACGCGGCCGGAUUUUGGUUAAAUUUGUCAACGCUGCGGGACAAGAAGAGGCUGGCAUCGACGCCGGAGGACUUUUCAAAGAGCUGUUAAGCUUGGUCACCGAGCGAGGGCUCGAUCCCAAUCGUGGGCUGUUUACGACAAAUUCAUACGGCCAAGUCUAUGUGUCUCCAAGAGCUGGAGACACGCAUGAAGGUUUGUUGCUGCUGGAAAUGAUUGGAAUCAUGAUUGGAAAGGGUAUUUACGAGGGCAUACUCCAAGAUAUUAAUAUGGCUCCGUUCUUCGCGGCGCACAUUUUGGGGACACCUCGAACGAUUGACGACAUUCCAAGCCUCGACGAGGAGCUCGCACACUCCCUCGUGCAAAUUCUGGAGUACUCGGGCGAUGUUGCAGAUCUGUGUCUCGAUUUUACGUGUAGCGAGGAGGUGUACGGACAACUCGUGACGAGAGAGCUCGUGCAAGGUGGGCGCGAAAUCGACGUCACGUCCGCAAACAAACUUUUGUACAUCCACUUACUCGCAGAUUAUCAUCUCAACCGGCGAAUAGCGACGCCGAUGAAUGCCUUCAUACGCGGGCUGAGGACUAUAAUCAAUCCUCGAUGGAUCGGAUUAUUCAACGCUAAAGAGCUGAGCCUGCUCCUGAGUGGCGGCGAAUCCGCUAUAGAUGUGGACGACUGGGAGCGACACACGCGGUAUUCUGGCGGAUACUCCGCGAGGAGCACCGCGGUGCGAAACUUCUGGCGAAUUGUGCGCACGUUCUCCCCGGAUCUGCGACAAGAUGUGCUGAAGUUUGUCACCUCUUCUCCGAGACCACCGCUCCAGGGAUUCAAGCAUCUCAAUCCCCCGUUCGUGAUCCACAAGGUGCCGUGCGAGGCAAGCGUCUUUGCAAUGUUUGGCGGCGCAGACGUCGGUCGACUUCCCAGCGCCAGCACCUGCUUCAACAUGCUCAAGCUCCCAAACUAUCGCAGACGGUCGACGCUCGAAAAAUGCCUCGAGUACGCCGCCCGCUCGCGCGCCGGCUUUGAGCUCAGUUAG